GCGCGCGCGGAGCGGCCGCAGGUGCGCCCCAGGUGUGCCCGGAGUGCCCGCGUGUCACGUGACCCCCGCCGUGACCUCCCCCAGGUGGGCCGUGAGCCACGUGACCUCCCCCAGGUGCGCCACCGGUGGGCCGGGACCCCACGUGACCUAGCCCGGGUGUGUCACGUGACGGGGACGUGUCUUCCCGCCCCCCCCCCCCACCUGUUUCGCAGGUGUCCUCAGGUGCGCUCACCUGUCCCCAGGUGUGUCGCCAUGGCCGCCGCCCGCCUGGGCUGGCCGCGCCCGGGCUGCUCGGCGCUGCUGCUCUGCGAUCUCCAGGAGCGAUUCCGCGGCUCCGUCGCCGCCUUCCCGCACAUCGUGGCCGUGGCCGCGCGCCUGCUGCAGGGCUGCCGCAUCCUGGGCGUGCCGGCGCUGGUGACGGAGCAGCGCCCGGAGGUUUUGGGGCGCACGGUGCCGGAGCUGGGGGCGCAGGACGUGCCCCGCGUGCCCAAAACCGCCUUCAGCAUGGCCGGGGCGGCCGCGCCGCUGCUGCGGGAGCCGGCGCUGCGGCACGUGCUGCUCUGCGGCAUCGAGGCGCACGCCUGCGUGCUGCAAACGGCGCUGGACCUGCUGGAGCAGGGGCUGGACGUGCACGUGGUGGCCGACGCCGUCUCCUCGCGCAGCCAGGUGGAUCGCGCCCUGGCCCUGGCCCGCAUGCGCCAGGCCGGCGCUCACCUGAGCACCUGCGAGAGCCUCCUGCUGCUGCUGCUGCGCGACUCCGCCCACCCCAAGUUCCGCCAGAUCCUGCCGCUGAUCAAGGAGCCCCCGCCGGACACGGGGCUGAUCCUGGGGGGGCCCCUGGGGGUGCUGGGGGGGCCCUGAGAGCCCCAAAAUCCCCCAAAAUCCACCCAAAAAUCCUCCUCGGCUUGGGGGCGGUCUGAGCCCCAAAAUUCCCCCAAAAUCCCCAAAAAUGAACCCAAAAAUCAGCCCCAAAAUCCUCUUCAGCCUGGGGAGGAUCUGAGCCUCCAAAAUUCCCCCAAAAUCCCCCAAAAUGAACCCAAAAAUCAGCCCCAAAAUGUUCCUCAGCCUGGGGAGGGUCAGAGCUCCCAAAAUCUCCUCAAAAUCCCCCAAAAUUAACCCCAAAAUGAACCCAAAAAUCAGCCCCAAAAUCCUCCUCAGUCUGGGAAGAGUCUGAGCCCCCAAAUUCCCUGAAAAUUCCCCCAAAAUCCCCCAAAUUGAACCCAAAAAUGAAGCCAAAAAUCCUCCUCAGUCUGGGGAGGGUCUGAGCCCCCAAAUCCCCCCCGAAUUUCCCCAAAUCCCCCCAACAAAAUGGGGCCAAUAAACGCCGCCCCUCCCCAGUUUGAGUUUUUUCGGUUUUGUUUUUUCGGGGGUGUCCCCAAAGUGGGCGGGGUCUGACCCUCUUAGCCCCGCCCACUUAACCCGCACCAGCCCCGCCCUUUCCCAUGAUUGGCAUCCGCCUCCGCGGCCACGCCCCCCUCAUUUUGACUGACACCCCGGCCCCGCCCCUUCCCCCUUUUCUUAAUGAACCGCCCGUGGGAGUGGGCGCUGGCCACGCCCCCCACGCCCCCAUUGGCUGCUCUCAGCCAAUCAGCGCCUGCCCCUCGCCCCCCGGCCG